AGUAGAGCGAGAAACGGACUGUCGCUUGAGAGCAAGAAGACGAGCGAGGUUUGAGAAAUAAAUAAAUAAAUACAGAAAAGCUGAAAUGGUGUAAACGCAAGCGAGUCCAACCCGAGUCAGGGGGAGAAACGAGGCGAGUGGACGCAGGAGGAUUAUAGUUGUUAGAGUAAUUAUUGUUAAAGUCACUAAACUCCCGCUUUUUGAUGCUGUCCUCACGGAGGUUUGAGCCAAUAACGGACUUAUUGGUCGGCUGAACCAUGCUGAGGCUGCUGCUCCUGAGUUUGGCGUUCAGUUUUCAAACUGUAAGGACAGCGAGAUUCUCUCAGGAGCCGGCAGACCAGUCGGUGGUGCGGGGCCAGAGGGUGAUCCUGUCCUGCGUUGUCUUCAACUACUCUGGCAUUGUUCAGUGGACCAAAGAUGGCCUGGCUCUGGGCAUCGGAGAGGACCUCCGGGCCUGGCCCAGGUACCGCGUGCUGCGAGUCCAGGAACUGGGUCAGUACAACCUGGAGAUCCUGUCAGCGGAUCUGUCCGAUGACUCCCUGUACGAGUGCCAGGCCCCCGAUGCCGCCCUGAGGUCCAGGAGGGCCAAACUCACCGUCCUAAUCCCCCCAGAUGAUCCAGUGAUUGAUGGGGGUCCAGAGGUCCUGCUGAAUGCGGGGGAGUCCUACAACCUGAGCUGUGUGUCUCGAGGGGCUAAACCGCCUUCAAUGAUCGAGUGGCUUAAAGAUGGCCUGCCUGUGGAAGGAGCUGUCAGUACCACCGAGGUGCUUCCAGACAGGAAGAGGGUGACCACACGUAGCUACCUUCCCGUCCAGCCCGUUGACACCGACACGGGGAGGAACUACAGCUGCAUGGCCUCCAACCUGGCCAUUCCCACCGGCAAAAGCACAACCGUCACCCUUAACGUGCACCAUCCACCAAUAGUGACCUUGUCCAUUGAGCCUCGUUCUGUCCUGGAGGGGGACAGAGUCACCUUCACCUGUCAGGCUCAUGCCAACCCUCCCAUCAUGGGCUACAGGUGGGCUAAGGGUGGCGUGGUGCUGCAGGGCGCCAGGGAGAGUGUGUUCACCACCAAAGCCGACCACUCCUUCUUCACCGAGCCCGUCUCCUGUCUGGUUUUCAACGCUGUUGGAAAGACCAACGUCAGCAUUUUGGUAGACGUUCACUUUGGUCCAAUCUUGUUGGUGGAGCCGCAGCCAAAAACAGUGGAUGUGGACUCUGAUGUCACCCUCAACUGCAAAUGGGCCGGAAACCCGCCGCUCACCCUUACCUGGUUUAAGAAGGGUUCAAACAUGGUUCUGAGUAACAGCAACCAGCUGUAUCUGAAGUCGGUGAGCCAAGCGGAUGCUGGGCAGUACGUCUGUAAGGCCAUCGUCCCACGGAUUGGAGUAGGAGAGACCGAGGUCACGCUCACGGUCAACGGUCCACCCAUCAUCUCCAGUGAUCCGGUCCAGUAUGCUGUGAGAGGGGAAAGAGGAGAAGUGAAAUGCUACAUAGCCAGCACUCCUCCUCCAGAUAAGAUAGUGUGGGCGUGGAAGGAGAACGUGUGGGAGAAGGAGAAGGGGACGCUGCUGGAGAGGUACACGGUAGAGCAAAGCAAGCCGGCGGCUGAGGGCGGCGGCGUCCUCUCCACCCUCACCAUCAACAACGUGAUGGAGUCCGACUUUCUUUCCACGUACAACUGCACGGCCUGGAACUCGUUCGGCCCGGGCACCAUGAUCAUCACGCUGGAGGAGACGGAGGACGUUCCGGUGGGGAUAAUAGCUGGUGGGACGGUGGGAUCCACCAUCCUCCUGUUCAUCUUCCUGCUGGUCCUUGUUCUUAUCUUCUACCGGCAGCGCAAAGGCAGCCGGCGCGGGGUCACGUUGGGCAAGCCGGACAUCAAGGUGGAGACCAUAAACAAGGAGACCCACAGCUUGGAGGAGGACUCCGGCAGUGUGUCCACAGCUUCGCGCAUGGUCAAGGCCAUGUACUCGUUUCUCCCCUCUGUGUCCUUCUCUCCCUCCAAUCAGCCUUUUAAAGAUGACAUAGAGCUCAAGUCUGACCUCCGCAGUGACACCCUGGACACCCGCCAGGAGUAUGACCUGAAGGACCCCACUAACGGCUACUACAACGUGCGAGCCUCUACCCACGAUGAAGUCCACCCCACCCCUCGUUCCACCAUGCAUUACUCUGACUACCGCUCCCCUGGAGGAACUCCAGGGGGGGCGGCAUCCAUCAGCAGCAGCACCGGAGGCUCUGGAGCCACUGCCAGCGGAGGAGCCCCCGGUCCCCUGACAUCCCCUGGGCGCCCGCAAGCCUGCUACGACCCUCGACCGCCCUCCAGACUCUCCCACAUCAGCUACGCCCAGUUCAACACUUUCACCCGUGGGGGCCAGAACCAGCAGCCCCCAGCUAACCCAGCCCCUGCAGCCAGUGACUUCCCCGGGGACUGUAGCCUCCUGGACUCCACUUCCCAGCUGGCCUACGACAACUACGGAUACCCCUCGCACUACCAGACCUACCGCAUGGGUUUUGCACCGUCCAGCCUGGCCCCUCUGGAGGCCGGCCCCUCUUAUGAGAUGUAUGGGGUGGGAUCUGGAGUGCCUAGCCCUGGGGUCGGAGUCAGCCCUGGGGGUCCAGCCCCUUCAGGGUCAGAGACUGGACUAGGGAAGUACGGCAGCUCCACUCGCUUCUCCUACACCUCACAGCACUCCGACUACUCCCACAGCCGGCACACGCAAAGAAUGCAGACUCACGUGUGAGAUGCGUGACCACCUCGCGGUCUGAGCGGAGCACGAGGAGGCAUCUUAUAAAUAGCGUUGCACAUAAAAACACACACAGUCACUAUUUGACAUUUACACUUUCCACACUAUAACACACCCUACUAGACACAAAAACACACAAACACGCAAAGCCAGAAAACAACACCCGCGAGACAGGGAGAGGCAAAAGAGAGUGAAAAUGAAGACGAGAGGAGUGUGGGAUGGAAAUUCCCUCAUUCCUGAUGUGUUUGUACAUCCAAGCUCUGAAAGAGUGGACAGCGAAAGUCACAAUCAAGACUGGAUAAGAGAGAUGCAGAUCUGCGGAGUUCGUAGCCUUUCGCUAAGACUGACAUUAGAAAACCAUGAGCGGGAACGUCUUAACGCAAACUGUCCAAUCGGGAUAGGAAGAAACCUCAGCCAGUGGGAGUCAUUUCUGGCCGCCAUUUUUUAUUUUUUCCUUUUCUUAUUCAGUGAUCAUAGAGCACAUAUAUGUUAUAUAGUGUCCCAGAAGGCCCAUGUGUACAGUCGGUUGAAGGGGAAGGGAAGCGUGUUUUUUUGGGGGGUAGGACUUCAUUUUUGCACUGCAUCUACGGUAUUCAUGCUUUGACAUCCCUUAUCUAUUAUCUCCAUUAUGUCUUCUGUUUAUUUGCACACCUGACUUAGAGCUUUGUAUUCUAUUUUUUAAACAUUACAGAAUUAUUUUUGUCGAUGUAAAAACAUGUAAAAGCGUACGUAUGGACCAAAAGUUUGAACAUGAGCGCACAUAACUGAGACGGAGUGCAGAGUCGUGCCAACCGCGGAUGUAUCUCUCAUCAGAAGGCUGCAUCAGUGUUAAAAAUGUAAAAACAAAAAAAAAACAAAAACUAAUAAAACCCAGUGCCAAGUGUUCAUGUCGUUCUUCACCUCGGACUGUGUAUAUGCAGUAGAAAAUCCUUCUAUUGGCGGAUGUUGCUUUAUAAACCAGGCUGGGGCAGGGCUUGAGGCAUUUUUUUUUUCUUAUUUAGUUUUUUUUCUUCAAGCUCUGGACUUCAGGCCUGGUGCAGAUGGACAGUAAAAGAACAUGGAUGAUGGGUUUAGAGUGGCCUUAUAGAGGAGCAUGUCAUACAUUUCCAUUUUUGAGUCAUUCCUCAUUGUCUGUCUGCCAAAAAAACGGCCAGAGGAGAAUGUGUUCGGAGAGGUUUAAUGAAGGCUUGUUCACAAUAUUGACAUGUAGUAGUGUGUGUGUGAGUGUGUAAGUGUGAGAAAACGAGAUAAAAGGGGUGCAUCAAUUUGUACAGUGUGUUUGUAUAGGAGUGUGAAUGACUGAAUGCAUGCACACGUAUGUAAUACGUGUGCAUGCAUGUCUGUGUUUAAGUGUGCAGGUGUGUUUCUGUACAUGUCCAUAUCAUUUCUCCCACAAUCCUGUUACAGUACUUUUAUACCUCUGGUAGGACUGUAUCCUGUAUUAUUGUGUCUUUGAAUUUAGGAAAAAAUCCAAUGUUUAUCUUAUUGUACUGUUCGUAGCAGAGAAAACUUCAACAGAUGUACAACGAACAUUAUCAAACUCAUUUUUUUAUUUCAUUAUCUUCAAUAUUUUUUAAAAAUGGUAUGUAAUUAUUUUUCCACAGUAUUACAUAAAUAAAGCACUGUUUUUUAUAA